GAGAAGGGGCAGAGGCAGUAGAAAGUGAAAAAGAAGAGAAGAGGGUCCCACGGGGGAGAGUCCGAAGUGGAGAGGAGAGGACGAGGAACAAGGAACAUGUCAGCCGUUAGAGAUGGGCGUUGUUUGUUGCUCAGCCUCAUCACGCUUCUACUCUACUCUUCCUUUAUUAACUAAACGCAACUCUUCCUUUCUCCUUCUUCCUCUCCUUUUGCACACUUCAAUUUUGAACAAACUGUUUAAUUAAUUAAUUAAAAUGGGAAGCAGAAGCGGAAGCAGAAGCUACUCGGCUAAUCCUAGCGAUUACAAGCUUCUAGAAGAAGUCGGUUAUGGCGCCAGCGCCACCGUGUACCGCGCAAUCUAUCUCCCUUACAACGAAGAGGUGGCGGUGAAGUGUCUGGAUCUGGAUCGCUGCAACAGCAAUCUGGAGGACAUAAGGAGAGAAGCGCAAACCAUGAGUCUCAUCGAUCAUCCCAACGUGGUGAGAGCGUAUUGUUCCUUCGUCGUGGAGCGAAGUCUUUGGGUGGUGAUGGGAUUCAUGGCGCAGGGUUCUUGCUUGCAUCUCAUGAAGGCUGCGUAUUCUGAUGGAUUCGAAGAGGAAGCUAUUGGAUCUAUCUUGAAGGAGACUCUCAAGGCCUUGGAGUAUCUGCACCGACACGGUCACAUUCACCGUGACGUUAAGGCCGGCAAUAUUUUGCUCGAUUCUAAUGGCCAAGUCAAACUCGCUGACUUCGGCGUUUCCGCUUGCAUGUUUGACACCGGCGAUCGACAGCGUUCUAGAAACACCUUCGUCGGAACUCCUUGCUGGAUGGCACCGGAGGUACUGCAACCUGGAACUGGUUAUAAUUUCAAGGCUGAUAUUUGGUCUUUUGGAAUUACGGCGCUGGAGUUGGCUCAUGGUCAUGCUCCUUUCUCUAAAUAUCCUCCAAUGAAGGUUCUUCUGAUGACCAUUCAGAAUGCUCCUCCAGGACUUGAUUAUGAUCGUGACAGAAAGUUCUCCAAGUCUUUUAAGGAAAUGGUUGCUAUGUGCCUGGUAAAAGAUCAAACAAAGAGGCCAACUGUGGAGAAGUUGCUGAAACACUCGUUCUUCAAACAAGCUAAGCCUCCAGAGCUUUCUGUAAAGAAACUAUUUGCUGAUUUACCACCACUGUGGAAUCGUGUAAAAUCCCUCCAGCUUAAGGAUGCAGCUCAGCUAGCACUAAAGAAAAUGCCUUCUGCAGAACAAGAAGCGAUAUCUCAAAGUGAAUAUCAGCGAGGAGUUAGUGCAUGGAACUUUGAUAUUGAUGAUUUGAAAGCUCAAGCUUCAUUGAUGCAAGAUGAUGAUGAUAUUGCAGAGAUGAGAGAAGAGGAUGAAAACAAAUUCUCAAGCUCUUGCAUGGAUAGAACUGAUUCCCAAUUGAUUGUGGGCAAAAAGAAUUCAGAUAAAUUGCAACAAGAUGAGUUCACAUUACAAGUAGGUAGGUUUUCUAAUGACAUAUCACAGAGUGAGAAGAGAAAUGGAUCAAUUGCUGAGGCAACAUCAUCUACCUCCGAGAAGGAUGUAGGAACAAGCAAGGUUAAAAUUCAAUCAGUUAAACUUGGUAAAACCCAAAGUGGGCCCCUGGUGCCAGGCUCAGUGCUUGGUCAUUCUUUGCCUGAAAGAGGGCGUGCAUUUGAAAGGUUUGAGAAUGAAAAUCAGUUAUCAGGUGAGAAAAAUAAUCGUGAUAUACGACGAGCUCCAAGCUUUAGUGGUCCAUUGAUGCUUCCCAACCGAGCUUCAGCAAAUAGUUUAUCGGCACCAAUAAAAUCUUCUGGAGGAUUCAGAGAUUCCUUGGAUGAUAAGUCCAAGGCUAAUCUAGUGCAAAUUAAAGGACGAUUCUCCGUGACGUCAGAAAAUUUAGAUCUGGUGAAGGAUAUUCCUGUAAGUUCAGUUUCACGGCGAUCUUCUCAGGGAUCACCACUGAGGAAGUCUGCCAGUGUUGGUGAUUGGAUGGUGGAUUUCAAACAAUUGUCCUCCAGUGAUUCUGCGAAUAUCAAUAUUCCUGCUUCACUUCUAGUGCCUCAUCUUCACAAUCUUUUCCAGCAGACAUCUAUUCAACAGGAUCUUAUAAUGAAUCUGUUGAAUAGCUUGCAAACAGCUGAGGCAAAUGAUGCUUCUCAGAAUGGAAAAUUGCCGCCAUUACCUCGCAGUUCAGAGAACAAUGGAAGUGUUGAUACAGCUGCUUCGGAGAGGGAAUAUCUUCUGCUGGCCAAAAUUUCAGAACUUCAGUCACGGAUGAUCAAUUUGACCGAUGAAUUGACUUUUGAGAAGUUAAAAUACGUGCAAUUGCAACAACAGCUAGCUGCCCUCUACAGCCAGGAACAAAAUGGGGAAAGAGAGGAAUUUGCAUAAAAGCUGAUAAUUAUGAUAUUCUUUAGUGAAUUGACAUCCAGGCGAGUGAACAAUCAUAGGCUGAACUCCAUAAUUUCUCUUUGCUGAAGGAAAACUGCUUUCUGGAUGUUGAUAGUCCUUGAUAAGUGUCAUAUAUCUUCUCUGAUCCUGCCUUCCUUGUGUUCAAUAAGCCUUUGUGACGAUCUAAAGCCCAGCUAGUGCAAAUGAGCAAAAUGAUGAUCUGUCAAGGUCAGUCUCAUUAUUUAUUUCAUUCAAGAUUCAGAUGUAAAUAAGCUCUGCUGUAUCAUACUGCAACGUGCUAUGUUUGCAGAUUAAUCAGGAAUUCCCGUGAUGACUGAUAAGAAUGUUACGGGGACACAACCCCGUGGGAGAAAUAAUAUCCCUACUCGUUGAACUGUUAUUUAUUACUACUAUAACGGAUGUGAGCUUGUAUAGGUUUAUUGUAUUCUACCAGCUGAAUAAUAGGUUGUGUACCAUAUGAGUCAACGUAGUAUAAUAUUUUUCAAAUUUAACUCGUUAUUAUUCCAUCGAAUUUAACACCUUGGUAAUGUUACCAG